AUGCAUCCGCCCUCACCCCAGCUGCUCCGCGCCCUGCGCACCUCCAUCGCAAGCAGCACCCCGAGCGGCGGCCUCUUCUGCGCACCGAUCACUCGCGCCACCUCGCCCAUCUCGCGACUCUCCACCCGGCACAACAGCACCUAUGCGCGCCCGGCGCGCAUGAUCCCGCGCUCGCACACCCCCAAGCCCACCAGCAGCGACCGCGGCCCGCAGUCGUCCGAAACGACGCAGACCGACUUUGCCGCGCUGGACGUGCUGGGCAGCGUGCCCAUGCCGACGACCUCCGUCGACGCCACCCUCGACACCGGGUUCCACCUCAACAACGGGCUGAAGGUGUCCGGCGGCGACGGCGUGCUGCUGGUCGGUGGCGAGGCGUUCGCCUGGCGGCCGUGGAAGGCCAUGGCGGACGGGACGAGGGGCGCCAUGGUGAAUUCGAAGGGCCAGUUUGAAGUCGAUCCGAAGGCGUGGGGGCUGUUGGAUGUGGUCUGGCCGCGGCCUGAUUUGCUCCUCAUUGGUAUGGGCGCGAGUGUCUUUCCGCUUGCCCCGGAGACGAAGCGGCAUAUCAAUUCGCUCGGUGUGAGGGUUGAGGUCCUUGAUACGCGCAAUGCGGCGGCGCAGUUUAAUAUGCUGGCGACGGAGCGCGGAGUCAAUGAGAUUGCGGCGGCGAUGAUUCCCAUUGGGUGGAAGGGAGGUAAUUAG